ACACAAUAACGCAUCGCAUGCUGUCACUAAAUCGCAAAUGUCUUAGUACAGCUGCGGCGAUUUUCUACCUUGAGCGAGCGCUAUGAAUCAGGAUUACAAGGAAAUUCUCAAGCGUCUCGAAGAGCAGGUCGGGCAAGUGGAGGAGGUCAUUCAACCACUCGAGAAAGUCUCGUCCGUGUUCGAGCUGAAGGAGGGAAAGUCGGAUCUCGAACAGGCAAAGACGUUUGUCAGUCUCAGCUAUGCUCUGGCUUCAUCGCUGUUCUCCUACUUGAAACUGAAUGCCGUAGACACAAACGAUCACCCUAUCAUGGUCGAGCUGCAGCGUUUGAAACAGUAUGCUGAGAAAAUCAGAAAGGUUGAGCAGAAACAGAACCAUUCCGAGCAGGAUCAGCGUCCCCCCGUCUCCAUGGCUGUGGCAGACCGUGUCGUUCGUCAACACAUUCGCUUUAAUGGCAAAAACAAGUAGACUUGGGAGUGCAAUUCCACAAAGUGCAACUCUGUUAAUAAAAAUACAAAAACAAGGUGCUGGACACCUUUGUUGUGACACUUCCUUGUGUUCUCCUCGUCGUGGACGUCUCAGUCCCGUCUAUUCUUCCUUUUUAAGUCGAUUGACCUUGUCGUUCCUACGUACAUUAGACAAUGCAUGAUGAUGGUUCCAUCCGCUUACCAAAAGAGUGUCUUUUCGCCAUUUCCCCAAGGAUAUUUGGUGUUCCGGAUGUUUUCGUAGCUGCCGUUUAGUUUCAUUUCAUUCUGUAGGAGCACGUACGCGUAUAUCGGCUCUUCCUCGAGUUCUCCGGACUCCUCCAAAUGUUUCAUGUGCUUUUGGUGCUUCUUAUCUGUGAUAUGGCGGUGAGAAUGGGUCGUUCUAGGUGCCUGCACUUCAAUUGCAUACAUAAGUAACGAGCAUUUAGUACUGAAAGCAGAAUUGCCGGUAUACAAAGGCUGUGGUGUCAGCAGACUGAAGGAGAAUCUUUCCAUUUCGUUUUCCCACUUACUACAGCGACACGUUCCUCCAAAAGUCUGUUGUCGUUAGUGUCGGACCCAGUUAAAGUUUUCGCCUGAAUUCCGUACUUGCGGUUUUUUCUGUAGAGACAAUUUCUUCCGGACUAACGUCUGGCAAACGUUUUGCGAUGGCUGCUUCUUCGGCGGUCAAUUUCACUGGCGUGUUGCCGACGGAAGUCGCUGCAGACCUCCGGAAACUUAGUCGCAGCUGUUGAAUUGGUCGUUUAGACAAUACACGCAUGAAAUUACUCCUGAACAUUGCGAAUUGAAGCGC